CUAGCCUGGGUGACAGAGCGAGACUUCGUCCCAGAAAAAGAAAAAAAAAAAAAAAAGGUUAUGCUAAAAUCAGAAUAAGUUACAAAGUAUUCCUUAUUUUCUUCUUCCCUGGAAGAGUCAUUGUAAAUUAAUACUGUUUGUUUCUUAAACAUUUGGGUGACAAUUAUUUUGAUGAAAUGCAUUAGAACUAGUUUUGUGGACCAUGUUUUGGAAAACAAUGGUCUAGAGCAUGACUGAAAUAUGAAAUAGUGAAUUCCUGUCUGUGUGAAUGCUCUUGUUUUUAUUCAUUUCCUUCCUUUAUGCAGCACUGGCCCCCUCACCUUUUCCCUUCCAGCUGUUGGGGGCUCAGCUAAGUGACCACACAGGACAGCAGUGAGGCCAUUUGAGGCCUGAGCCUGGUCCUCAGGACUUGACUCUCUCUCCCUACCAUCAAGCAGCCCGCCCCAGUCCUGCCAGCCAUCUCCACACUCCUCUGACAGAAUGAAUGCCCUCGAUGGUGUUCCCUUCAAGUUGCCCAAGGGCUUUGUGAUAGGCACAGAGCCUCUUCCUGGGCCAGAACUCAGCGUCCCGCGCUGCGGGGAGCUUCUGCUGGGUUCUAUGCACGACUUCAGCCUGGAGAGGAGGGCACUCUUCUGGGUGGAGGCCGCCGGCCAGGGACCCAGCCCGUACCAGUGCGGUGACCAGGGGACAGCGUCGGCCCCUCCAGCCUGGCUCCUGCUAGUCAGCCCCGAACAUGGGCUGGCGCCUGCCACAAUCAGAGACCAGGAGGCCGGACACCAGGAAAGGCCGGAGGAGGACGAGGCAGAAGCCUCCUCUGGCAGCGAGGAAGAGCCGGGCCCACGCAGCCUCCAACCGGGCUCUCCGGCGAGCCCCGGCCCCGGCCGUCGCCUGUGCUCACUGGACGUGCUGCGCGGCGUGCGGUCGGAGCUGGCGGGGGCAAGGCGGCGACUCUCCGAGGGGAAGCUGGCCGCCCGGCCCCGCGCCCUCCUGCACGGCUUCCGCGGCCGCCGCGCGCAGAGCCUGUGCCCCAGCCCCGCGCCGUCCCCCAGGUCCGCGUCACCCCCGGGGUCCGCGCCCCAGUCCCCCGCAGCCCCCGCGUCGCCCCCGCGGCCCUCCACGGCCGGCGCCAUCCCCCAGCUACGGAGCCACAAGCCCACGGUCGCGUCCCUCAGCCCGUACACCUGUCUGCCACCUCCUGGGGGGGCACCCCAGCCUCUCAACCCCCACAAGUCACACCCUGAUACUGCGGCUGACCUGCUAUCCGCCCUGAGCCAGGAGGAGCAAGACCUCAUUGGGCCAGUGGUCGCCCUGGGAUAUCCCCUGCGAAGGGCCAUCAUAGCUCUGCAGAAGACAGGCAGGCAGAGCCUGAGCCAGUUUCUCAGCUACCUCAGUGCCUGUGACCGCCUGUUACAUCAGGGAUAUGAGGAAGGCCUGGUGGACGAGGCCAUGGAGAUGUUCCAGUUCUCCGAGAGCCAGGCAGCGGAGUUCCUGCGCCUCUGGGAGCAGUUCAGCGACAUGGGCUUCCAGCAGGACCGGAUCAAGGAGGUGCUGCUGGUCCAUGGCAACCGCCGAGAGCAAGCCCUGGAGGAGCUGGUGGCCUGUGCCCAGUGACCAUGGAGGCACUCCACGAUGCCUGGGUGUCCAGGCCCAGUGCCAGACCCGGCGACCCAUCCUAACUGUAUUAUUAAAACCAAGCAAGAGUAACAAAGUGAUGCAUGCUUAUUGUAAAAACACAAAUAAUGCCAAGGUGACAGUUAACAGCAGCAGAAUCUGCUGAAAGCGUUGAAAUGGUUGCCUCUGCAGAGGGGCAGAUGGGAGAGCCGGACGGGGAGCUAUGUUCUUCAUGCACGCCUGUGAAACCACCUGAUUUGACUCUUUACACUGUGUGCAUUAGUAACCUUGCUUUUAAGAAAAUUAAAACCAAUAAAUAAUGGGCAGUUCUUUUGAGUCCUGUA